AUUGUAUUGCAUGCAUUUUGUAAACAUUGGAACCUGGUCGCUCGAUCCAAAAACCGGCAGUUCAUACUUUUCCCAUUCUUUUAAAGUAUUCAAGCAUUUGCCAGCCAUAAAUACAAGCGCAAACAUGUUCAUUACCAACAUUCUGCUAAAGAAGGCAAAAAGCAAAAAUAUUCUUGUGCUGAUGGAGAGCGCAGUCAGCGGACAUCAGUUCACGAUGAUCCGGGAGCGGUUGGCCGAUAAGCUGGAACUGCAACGCUUCGAUCCUUACAUCCAAAGGAUGUCCCUGUACCGGGAGCGCAGGCGGCUACGAAGUUUGCACUGAGGUGUGGCUAUGCGAGGGGGCACCGUUAACGCGCUACUGUAGACUGUAAAUAAAUCGAUUUAGCUUUCAAAGUCAAAGCUGACAUACUACUAUUGCCAGCACGGAACAGUUUUUGUAUCACCAUGGACACCUCUGAAUGGCUUGCUAAGAAAAGAUGGUUGUAGUUGUUCAA